AUGUCCAAAAUAUGCCUUUUACAUCUCUAUAGCAUUGCAAUACUUCUAUUUUCGACAUCGAUUUUCGGUUCCGAGAUCUCGUUUUGUGACCGGACCCCUUUUCGCAAGCUCUGCAAUAUGAUCGUUGGUCCCAAAUUCGAGUCUCGUGAGUCUGGCAUCAAGGAGUCGAUAAACCAAGCUCGGGAAGCCCUUGGCCACUUCUUGGUCAUGGCUCGGACCAUGUUUGAUAGUCAAGCCAGGGGUUGGACUGAUUGUUUGGAGCUCUACGAGGACGCUAGACGCCAUCUGAACCUCUCGACAAGCCAUACGAACCCGACCCGUUUCCAAAAAUGGUUAACCGAAGCGUUGGUUAAACACAAAGCAUGCCAGAAUGGGUUCAAUGACUCCAAUUUGUCUUCGCAUUUGAAACAUCUUGUUUUAGUGUUGCAGAAUUUCUCGAAAACGCUUGUUGGUUUGCUGACGCAAAACAAACCUUCGGCUGAUAAAAUCUUGACGGCGGAUGAGCACCGGCUGAUCCAGAUAGCCGAUGUUGGUGCACCGAAAGCGAACUUGGUGGUGGCUCAGGAUGGCUCUGGUGCGUUUAAAACAGUCAACGAAGCUGUACAAGCAGCUAAACAACAAAGAACUGGAACUGAUAGAUUCGUUAUAUAUGUGAAAGCUGGUGUUUACAACGAAAAUGUCAACAUCGACUCUACCAUGCCUAAUUUGACCCUUAUCGGAGAUGGCAUCGACGUGACAGUGAUAACCAACGAUAAGAACACCGACGAGGGCUACUCGACCUUUGACACUGCGACGUUUCAGGUUUGGGGUGCGGGCUUCCUCGCCAUUGGGAUUACCUUCGAGAACGUUGCGGGUCCCGGAAAACAACAAGCCAUCGCGCUCCUCUCGGCCUCCGAGCAGUCGGUUUUCUACAAAUGUAGCUUCAAAGGCUACCAAGACACACUCUGCCUACUCAGAAACCGACAAUUUUAUCGCGAAUGCGACAUUUACGGGACCAUCGACUUCAUCUUCGGUGACGCCGCAGCCGUCCUCCAAAAAUGCAACAUUUACGUCCAAAAUCCGGCACAUGGGCAACAAAACACGAUAACGGCUCAAGGAAGAACCGAUCCCAAUGCGCCCACGGGAUUUGUCAUACACAAUUCCCGGGUCACCGGGACCGCUGACUUGAUCGGAACCAACGGUUCGGUCAGCACAUUUCUCGGGCGGCCGUGGAAAGACUACGCGAGGGUCGUAUUCGCAAUGUGUUUUCUCGACGGUUUGAUCGAUCCCCGAGGGUGGAUGCCGUUUCCAGGAAGCUCGGCAUUCGAUCGAUUAUAUUUUGCGGAGUAUAAGAACAACGGGAAGGGGGCGGAUGCCUCCGGGAGGGUAAAGUGGCCGGGAUACCAUGUUCUGACCAGCGACGAGGAGGCGGAGCAGUAUUCCGUCGGGAAGUUUUUGGACGGAAGUUCAUGGAUUCCGACGACCGGAGUGCCAUUUAAUUCCCGUCUUUUUUGA